ACGCCGGCGAGAUCGGAGUGGGUCUUCAGGCACCGAAGGGAUUGAACUAAUGGCGGAUGCUGAGGCGAGCGCUGAGUUGCCGGAGGAGGCCAGACCCGACAGGGGCACCUUGCAGGUGCUGCGAGAUAUGGCCGGCCGCUUGCGAAUCCAUUCCAUCAGAGCCACAUGCUCCACGAGCUCCGGCCAUCCUACAUCUUGUAGCAGUUCUGCUGAGAUCAUGUCUGUGCUGUUCUUCUACAUCAUGAGGUACAAGCAGUCAGAUCCAGAGAAUCCGGGCAAUGACCGAUUUGUCCUCGCAAAGAGACUGUCGUUUGUUGAUGUGGCAACAGGAUGGCUUGGACAAGGACUGGGAGUUGCAUGUGGAAUGGCAUAUACUGGCAAGUACUUCGACAGGGCCAGCUACCGGGUGUUCUGCCUCAUGAGUGACGGCGAGUCCUCAGAAGGCUCUGUCUGGGAGGCAAUGGCCUUUGCUUCCUACCACAGUCUGGACAAUCUUGUGGCAAUCUUUGAUGUGAACCGCCUGGGACACAGUGGUGCAUUGCCUGCCGAGCACUGCAUAGAGAUCUAUCAGAGGCGCUGCGAAGCCUUCGGGUGGAACACUUAUGUGGUGGAUGGCCGGGACGUGGAGGCACUGUGCCAGGUGUUCUGGCAGGCUUCUCAGGUGAAGCACAAGCCCACUGCUGUGGUGGCCAAGACCUUCAAGGGCCGGGGCACCCCAAGUAUUGAGGAUGCAGAAAGUUGGCAUGGAAAGCCAAUGCCGAGAGAAAGAGCAGAUGCCAUUAUCAAAUUAAUUGAGAGCCAGAUACAGACCAGCAGGAAUCUUGACCCACAGCUCCCCAUUGAGGACUCACCUGAAGUCAACAUCACAGAUGUAAGGAUGACCUCUCCACCUGAUUACAGAGUUGGUGACAAGAUAGCUACUCGGAAAGCAUGUGGCUUGGCUCUGGCUAAGCUGGGCUACGUGAACAACAGAGUUGUUGUGCUGGAUGGUGACACCAAGCACUCUACCUUCUCUGAGAUAUUCAACAAGGAGUACCCUGAGCGCUUCAUCGAGUGCUUUAUGGCUGAGCAAAACAUGGUGAGCGUGGCACUGGGCUGUGCCUCCCGUGGACGGACCAUUGCUUUUGCUAGCACCUUUGCUGCCUUUCUGACUCGAGCAUUUGAUCACAUCCGGAUAGGAGGCCUCUCUGAGAGCAACAUCAACAUUAUUGGUUCCCACUGUGGGGUAUCUGUUGGUGAAGAUGGUGCUUCCCAGAUGGCCCUGGAGGAUAUAGCCAUGUUCCGAACCAUUCCCAAGUGCACGAUCUUCUACCCAACUGAUGCCGUCUCCACGGAGAAUGCUGUUGCUCUGGCGGCCAAUGCCAAGGGGAUGUGCUUCAUUCGGACCACCCGACCAGAAACUAUGGUUAUUUACACCCCACAGGAACGCUUUGAGAUCGGACAGGCCAAGGUCCUCCGCCACUGUGUCAGUGACAAGGUCACAGUUAUUGGAGCUGGAAUUACUGUGUAUGAAGCCUUAGCAGCUGCUGAUGAGCUUUUGAAACAAGAUAUUUUUAUCCGUGUCAUCGACCUGUUUACCAUUAAACCUCUGGAUGUCGCCACCAUCAUCUCCAGUGCAAAAGCCACAGAGGGCCGGAUCAUUACAGUGGAGGAUCACUACCCGCAAGGUCCCCAACAGCUUUGAGAAUCGGAGUGCCACAGACCCCCACACUCAGGCAGCCCUUGCUGUAGGUUGAGGCAGAGCAGUUUGGAAACUGGCAGUUUAGAAUAAGAACUCCGCAGGCCCAUCGGAGUGGCUGUUCACAUGAAGCAGAUUUUCCCCUGGGAAGCUGCAGAUUGGUGAGGCUUUAAGGCUGACGAGCUGCUUUCACAAAAGGGCCUAACAUCCUUGUUUCCCCAGGUGGCAUCGGGGAAGCUGUCUGUGCAGCCGUCUCCAUGGAUCCUGACAUUCAGGUUCAUUCGCUGGCAGUGUCGGGAGUGCCCCAGAGUGGGAAGUCUGAGGAAUUGCUGGAUAUGUAUGGAAUUAGUGCCAGACAUAUCAUAGUGGCCGUGAAAUGCAUGUUGCUGAACUAAAAUAGCUGUUAGCUUUGGUCUUUUGGCCUCUUUACCCUGUGUUUAUGUUUGUUCCAAAACCCUCAUUUAAAUCUAUACUGUCAUGCUUUGUUUCUUAAAAGCAAAGCCAGCUAACACUUUCCUUCAUCCCUAGUUCGGAAAUUCAAGCUUAACUACUUAUCCUUUAAACUGUGACUGCAUAUGCAAGUACUGCUCUAAUUUUUGGAUUAUUAAAGGGAGUCACACAACUUUUAAGUGAAAAAAAUAGGUAACAAAACAACCACCUGAUAGUAAGUUUUCUGAUAAGACUAUAGAUAAGUGGUAGAGGUAAUCAAUUCUUCCGAAGUGUUUCCUUCGUGAAUAAGUGGUAAAGGUAAUAGUUUUUUCAGUGUAUUUUCUUCGUGAGUAAAGAAAAUGUGGAUUGAAGUAUAGAUUCCAGUAGCCUAGUUUCCACAGCACGAUAACACCAUGACACCUAGUGCUGUUCCCACCUUGGAAUUCUGUGUGCUGCCAUCCCACCCGCAGCUGCCCUGGAAUUCCCUUCGCUGUUUGCCUUCAUCUCCCUCCACAGUUGAGAGGCUGUCAGGCAGCAGCGAAAGCUUGUUAGGAUGUCCUGUGCUGCUUGUGAUGAGAGCCUCCACACUGUACUGUUCAAGUCAAUGUUAAUAAAGCAUUUCAAAACCA